ACUCUGUCGGAGGAGGAAGAGGGAUGAAAAUGGAAGGGAACAGAGACGAAGCCGAAAAAUGUAUAAAUAUAGCGACGAGAUCCCUCAAAGCCGGAGAUAAAGAGAAAGCGCUGAAGUUUCUCAUCAAAGCAGAGAAGCUGUAUCCCACCGACAGAGCCAAAGCUUUGUUGGAAGCGAUAACGAAGAAUGGCAGCUCGACGGGUAACGGUGCAUAUCGAAGGAGACCAGCAGAAAGCUCAGAAAACACGGGUGAACAACCAGAGGGGGAAAGCCGUGAGUCUGCAGGAGCCGACUCUUCUAAAGGCUUCACCAAAGACCAGGUUGAAGGAGUGCAAAGAAUAAAGCGAUGUAAGGACUACUAUGAAGUGCUGGGUGUCAAUAAAGAAGUCAACGAGGAGGAGCUAAAGAAAGCCUACAGGAAACUAGCGCUGAAGUUUCAUCCAGACAAGAAUCAUGCACCUGGAGCAACGGAGGCCUUUAAAAAGAUUGGUAAUGCAUAUGCAGUGCUGAGCAACCCAGACAAAAGACGGCAGUAUGACCUGACGGGAGGGGAGGAGCCUAGCAGCCCAGGUCACUCACACGGAGGAGGAGGCUUCGACUUCCACAGGGGCUUUGAGGCCGACAUCACUCCUGAAGACCUCUUCAACAUGUUCUUUGGAGGAGGCUUCCCCUCCUCAAGUCCACACACCUUCACCAACAGCAGAACAAGCUACAGCCAUCAGACGGACUACCGACAAGAGAGAACAGAAGAAAGGGGAGAUGGUGGCUUCUCAAUGUUUAUCCAGCUGAUGCCCAUCGUGUUCCUGAUUUUAGUGUCAAUAUUGAGCCAGAUGAUGAUGUCCCCACCACCCUACAGCCUCUACUCUAGACCGUCCACAGGUCAGACUGUAAAACGGCAGACAGAAAACCUGCAUGUUGACUACUACGUCAAUAGAGAUUUCAAGUCGGAGUUUAAGGGCUCGGCGCUGCAGCAGAUUGAGAAAAGUGUGGAGGAUGACUAUGUAUCCAAUGUUAGAAAUAACUGUUGGAAGGAGAGACAGACAAAAACAGACCUGCUGUAUGCUGCUAAGGUAUACAGGGACGACCGAAUGCGCAAGAAGGCAGAACUUAUGACCAUGGAUAACUGCAGGGAGCUGGACAGACUAAAUAACUUAUUCAGGGGAGGAUGAGUUGGACGCUUUUAGAUCCUGUAUAUGUAUAUGAAUAGAUGUAUGUUCAUGUUUUUUUAAGAAAGAGUCUUUACACUAGGAGCAAAAACUUACUGAAAUAAUUUAGUUCUAUUAUUGAAGUUUUAAAAUGUCCCUCUCCUCAUAUCCCCGCACCAACUUCCUCACUCCAGCCUGACCCCAGGAACCGCCUUGUUACACCGUAAUGAACCAAUCUACACACACUGUAGAAAUUCCCAGACAUUUUCUUUCUUCUUUUUUUUACUCUGAUCUUCUUGUAUUUUGGAAACAAGAAGGACAAGGACACUUGAUUGUAAAGGCAUGUGUUUCGAGUAGUGGGAACCCAAACAAAUCACUGUCUUAACACCAACAAACCACAUACGACAUCAUCUGCUUGA